GCCUGCAGAGCUGCUGGUCUGCUGGUGUCUCAUCAGGGUGACAACAGAGCGGAGAGGCAGGGGAGCCAUGGGGAGUCCCGGGCAGAAAGUGGUGCUGAUCACCGGCUGCUCCUCCGGUAUCGGUCUGAGGAUGGCCGUGAUGCUGGCCAAGGAUGAACAGAAGCGCUAUCACGUCAUAGCAACGAUGCGUGACCUGAAACGUAAAGAUAAGCUGGUGGAAGCUGCCGGGGAUGCAUACGGGAAAACUCUUUCUCUGGCUGUACUGGACGUCUGCAACGAUGAGUCCGUCAAACAGUGUUUUGAUGGCAUCAAAGAUCGACACGUGGAUGUCCUCAUCAAUAACGCAGGUAUCGGCCUAGUGGGUCCAAUAGAGAGCAUCCCCAUCGAAGAGAUGAAGAAAGUGUUUGAGACCAAUUUCUUUGGGGUGAUCCGCAUGAUCAAGGAGGUGAUGCCUGACAUGAAGAAGAGGAAAGGAGGACACAUCAUCGUGGUCAGCAGUGUGAUGGGACUGCAAGGUGUGGUGUUUAAUGACGUGUAUGCAGCUUCCAAGUUUGCUAUGGAGGGCUUCUGUGAGAGUUUGGCUGUGCAGCUCUUGAAGUUUAAUGUCACAUUGUCGAUGAUAGAGCCGGGCCCAGUGCGCACAGAUUUUGAGACAAAGAUGAUUGAGGAAGUGAAGCAGAAGGAGUUUCCUGGAGCUGAUCCAGAUACGGUGCAUUACUUCAAGAAUGUCUAUCUUCCUUCUUCUAUUGACAUCUUUGAGACACUGGGACAAACGCCUGACGACAUCGCCAGGUGUACCAAGAAAGUGAUUGAAGCAAGCAGGCCGCGCUUCCGUAAUCUGACCAACCCCUUGUACACUCCCAUCGUAGCGAUGAAAUACGCUGAUGAAACUGGAGGCCUGUCUGUCCAUGCCUUCUACCACAUGCUCUUUAACCUGGGACCUCUAAUGCACGUCAGCAUGACUGUCAUGAAGUACCUCACCUGUGGAUGUCUGAGGAGCAGGACAGUCGCACCAAACUAGAAACUUGCCAUCUUAUACACAAAUGUGAAUCACCUUGAG